GUGGGACAUAUUUUGAGACUGCCUUCUUCUUCUUCUUCUUCUCGUUCUUCUCCACUCCAUCUCAUCGUCACCACCUCCAUCCACCGGAUAAGAUAUCGAGGGUGUUGUUAAAAAAGUUCACAGACCCUCGACAAUCAUUCCAUGCGUUGCGCUAUAAACCGACAAUUCCAACUGGUCAAAAAAUUCCUUUGGGUCGCUCUCGAUUGAUGAUCUCACAAAGACAACCCCUGUUUAGAGGAAGCCUCUUAGUAACGUUCCUGGAGCAGUUACCGAAUGUAGCUCUACGAGUUGCCAGCAGACCAUUCGCCAGCUAUUCGUCAAUCUUUUGAGUUGGUAGCCCUCAUUGUGGUCCUGGUUUAAAACAGAUCACCUCUCGCCUCUCACCGAUCGACUGUUGAGCGAUCAUGGGCCAAUGGGCCCGCCAAACACCGUUCACAGACGCACCCCUCUCCCGUUAAUGUCCUUAAGGUCGAGAGGGCGCACCCAAAAGUUCAUUCAAAGUGAAGGAGGAGAAGAUGGAGUGAAGCACUGAGUGAGUGCCAGGCAACAACUUGUUGUCCCUUUGGCCAAUUCCUGUCAGUCUCCAGAUGAUUUUUGUCGAGGGGAGGUGAACCACCACUCUCACGAUCCACCAUGACUUCAACAAAUAGCGAUAGUAUAAGAGAACAACUCACUUUGGACAAGAACAUGGUGUCUUCAGAGGGGAUCCGAUCCAUUCAAGAUCCCACCCUCAUCCGCGAUUCCCGAGUUUUGGCCAACGUUCUCCUAGCUCCCGAUUUGAGCCAAGUCAAGUGCACCAACUAUUUCGAUGUCCUCCAGCCCGAAUUAAAGCCACACAUGAGAAAGAUCGUGGCCGAGUGGAUGAUGGAAGUGUCCGAGGACCAAGGCUGUCAACCCGAUGUGUUUCCAUUGGCGAUCUCUUAUAUGGACCGAAUAUUGGCUCGCGUGGCCAUCAAGAAGAGCCAAUUCCAAUUGCUGGCAUGCGUUUGCCUAUUUAUUGCUUCCAAAUACAAAGAGACCUCACCCCUGUGUGUCGACAAGUUGGUGGUCUUCACCGACUUCAGUACCACCGAUAUGGAAAUUAGGACGUGGGAGCUCCUAAUCUUGGAAUUACUCAACUGGGAUCUUCACUCGGUGACGGCCCAAUGCAUCGCUUCCCAAAUCAUUCAUCGGAUGGAUCAGUCCCGCUGUCCAGUUGAUCUGGGGGAAUUGCAACGUCUAACCUCCACAUUGACCUCGAUGACCUUGACGGAGUUCAGUCUAGUGCACACUCUCGAUUCUGUUCAAAUAGGCACUGCUAGUCUGCUUCUGGCCACCAAACUUUUGGAGGGCAAACUUGACCACCAAUCCGGUUACUUUUCGGAUGACCUUCACCGGAAUUUGUCCAUCAUAACGAAAAUGUCCAAGCGAGAAAUCAACCGUUGCAUGUUGCUGAUAGAGAAUCUCUUUGGUGGAGACAUGGACGUUCCCGUAUUGAAGCAACAGCCUCCAUUUCAUUCUCCCAGGAGUCAAAAGUAUGCCAAAACAUGCAAUGAGCACAGCUCAAUCACAACCACGCCCACAGAUCUCCUGUCUAUGGUCGUAAUAUGACCGUUGUCAACUCCAACCACCAACCUCUUGUUAUCUGUGUUAAAAUGGCCCAAACUUAAUCAAAUAAAUGUACCUGAUGAAUAAAUAUAAUCCCUAUAAUUGAGCAUUGAAACAACCGGUUUUCGUCUGGUACAAUACGUAGAGAUAGAGACAGAGGGU